AACAUCCUCCUCUCUAUCACAACCAUCAGAAAGUCCAGCUCUACCUCCACAAUGUCUCUGGUUUUGGGGGUGAGUUUUUUCAGUCUGUUGGCAUCUGCCACCCUCAGUCUGCUGCCCCAGCACACAACAGCAAACAGGGUUGCACUGGCCACCACAGACUUAUUAAACAUCCUCAGCAAAGUCCUGCAGAUGUUAAAGGACCUCAGCCUCCUGAGGAAGUAGAGACGGCUCUUGUAGACUACUUUAGAGUUCUUAGACCAGUUCAGUUUGUUAUCCAAGUACACCCCCAGGUACUCAUAGUCCUCCACCAUGUCCACACUGACCCCCUGGAUGGAAACAGGGGUCAUUGGUUCUUUUGUCCUUCUCAGAUCCACAAUCAGUUCCUUGGUCUUUGUCAUGUUGAGCUGGAGAUGGUUCUGCUCACAUGCAUCCAACUACAGCAGGGUCAUCAGAGAACUCCUAAAGGUGAAAGGACUCUGUUGUGGUUGAAGUCCGUAGUGUAGAGGGUGAAGAGGAAAGGAGACUGGACUGUCCCACAAAUUGCAGUCUUCAGGUAGUCAAUAAUGGUAGUUUUGAUGGGAUCAAAAACACUGGCGAACUAUAAAAACAGACUCUGUUCUCUGGUGUGUCCAGGUGAGUACAGAUGUGUUUGAGCAGGAAGGUGAUGGCAUCCUCUACUCCAAGUAAACUGGAGUGGACCUAGGAGGAUCUGACUGUUGCCUCAGCUGUUCCAGGAUGAGUCUCUACAGGGUCUUCAUGAUGUGUGACAUCAAUGCCACCUGUCUAUAGAGCUGGGACCAGGCAGGGCGUCUUUCACAGCACAGGGACCCCUUGAAGACUGAAGCUCAUGGUAAAGAAAAAAUGAAGCACUCCACAGAGCUGGGGGGCACAAGCUUUGAGGACUUCAGGGCUGACACCAUGAGGGCCCGCAGCGUUGAUUGUGGAGUCUGCUCAGCUGUCUGCUAGCCUGGUCAGCUGUGAAAGACACUGUAGGGAUGACUGGAGAGGGGGCAGGGUCAUCAUCUGGGGGAGGGCUGUCAGUGAGGGAGCCAGAGGAGUGGGGGUGGGUGGGUGAGACCCUCGCCUAAAGAGGAAAGUAGACUGUGAGAAGAGGGAGGUGGGAAGGGCAGAGGGGUGGCUGGUGGCUGGGGGUUGUUUCAAAUCUAUUAAAGAGUAGAUUGAGUGUGCUGGCCUGAUGUAGACUGCCACCAACUCCUCCUCUGGCAAGUGUCCUGAAGCCUGUGACGGUCUUCAUGCAACUCUAGACCUCCCUGAUAUUCACUUUAAGGCCCCUUUGGAUAGUCCUCACCUCAUCCAGAUUACCAUCUCUGUUGGCUCUCCCUUUGGCGCUCAGAAUGGCCUCAAUGUUACCUAUAGCUUGUUAUUUCAAUAACAAAAGUCAGUCCUUGUUGUGACCUUGCAGUCCACACAGAAGUUGAUGUAGGUCUUGUCCACACAGAGACAAAAAUGAUAUAUUGCUGUUUCACUUUGAAUAGAUUUUUAGUUAAGAUAUUUCAGGAAUUAUUCCUAAAACACAUGCAUGCAUAUACUGUAUAUCCUUUAUGGUUGUUUAUCUCCUCUGCAUCCUCUAUGUGUCCUUUCAAAAAUAAGUUACUGCAGACUGUCAAUAAUGUGUUGAUUGGUCAAUUUUUAUCGUCUAGAAACAUGUUAAAUGGUUUUGACAUGAUGGAGAUUCUCAAAAAAGUGCCACUGUAUAAUAACAUUUGUAGAAUAGUAAUGACAUUGUUUUGAGUUGGGUAAUGUUUAGUCAGAUUACAUACAUGAUGUGACUCAGGUACUCAGAUUGUAUGUAAAUUACUUGUGGAGCUCCUCAUGAAUACCUCAACAGUCUCCUGGGUAUAAGACUUGUGUUUGUUUGACCACAAACAUCCUCCCACACCGAGAGACUACUUGCACUUUGUUGCUUUUUAUAUUCUUUUACUCUCAUUAUACUGACCAAGCUCACCGGGGUUUUGCUCCUAUUAAGCUGCAAUCACAAAUUCCCAAUAAGGCUGUAUAUUUGUUUGGUUUUUCAGAUCAAUACAAGCUAUAUGAUGGCAGUUGUACAUAACAAUGAGUCUGUGUGAUUGCCUCACAGAGGUUUGAAACAUGUUUUAAAAACAUGUCUUCUUUGGAUUUGCCAUAGGGAUUUGAGCUGCUAGUGUUUAUGUGAAGAGGAGUUGAGUCUUCCAUAAGUGCUUGUGAGUUUAUACAAUGUGUUUGUGUGUGUAUGUGGACCUGUGUUUUGUAUGCUUAUGAAGCUUAUUUUUCCAUCUCUCCUUGGGCAUCUUUGCCUCUUUAUGGUGUAAACCGCUCUGUCUCUUGGGAUUUCCAACCAUGCAUUGAAUGCAAAUGAGCCAAACACCAUAAAAGGAUAUAAGGGUAAAAAUCUGAUCUCCAAAGGCACAAUUACUUCUGCUGUGUCCUCUAACAGCUUGUGGAUCAUUUAAAUGAACGUUUUCUUCUGCUAUAAAAUACCAUUUUACCUUGUGGUGCUGCAACCUGACAACAAUGAAAAUGGAAAAUAAUGUAGAUUUUACUGUUACAGUUUUGAACAUAUUACAAGCAUCUGAUGUAUGAUAUAUGAUUUCUGAUAGGACUUGUCUUUUGUAAAAUGAUAAAAAUAACCUUAUUUACACCAUUUCCCACAACAGGCAGGACUGAUUCUGUCAGUUCCAAAAACCUACAAUAGCCAGCCUACAUGCCAGUGGGAAAAACCUCAAUAUAACAAACACAUGACUGUGUCUCCACCUAGGACAGAAACAUAAUUGUGAAGCCUGCGGAUGACACCACCAUCCUGGGACUCAUUAAAGGCAGGGAUGAGUCUUCAUACAGGGACCUUGUCAGCCAGAUAACAGUCUACGAAGAGGGAAAAAAAACUCUCUUUUUUAAUAUAGACAAAACAAGAGAACUAAAGGAAUCUCCUCCUCUGCAGACCCUCACCAGCAAAGGGACUGAGGGGGAGCAGCUUGACAGUUACUUGUAUCGUGGUCUUCACAUCGUUGAAAAUCUCAACUGGGCUAAAACAAUGACACCACAGCGAAAAAGGGCCCACCAGCUGCCCAAGAGGGCUGGACCUAAAUGUCAGCUCCUUAUGCAGGCUUACAGAGGACUUGUGGAAAGUAUUGUCACCAGUGGAAUCAUUGUGUGGCUUGGGAACACCACUCAGGCUGAGGGGCAAUCUUUUUAACGAGUCGUCAAGACUGCUGAGAAAAUUACUGGCUCUGACCUCCCCUUCACGGACACACUGUAUACGCAAUGCUGCAGGAGGAGAGCACAGAGAUUUCUCACAGACAAACACCACCCAGCUCGUGCUCUGUUCAGGUGGAAGGAUUCAGACAAAAAACACUGCAAAAACACCAGAGAGCAUCUGAGCCCACAAGGUCCAGCCCACAAGAUUCUUUCCAACUGCAACAAGAAUUAAAGUACAUAAGGAGAGGAAGGAAAUACUUAAUCUUAACAGUUUACUUUUCUUGAACCAGUUGUACUUGAGAUAACUUAAAAAAAAAAUGAUGCAACCAAUACAGUAUGUUGAAGCUACAUAGUUAGCCUAGGAUUAGCUAUUGAGUAGCUUCCUCUUUCUAUAAUCUCUUUUACCACAAAGUAUUGGGUUGAUAAAAAUCAUUAUGGCACACUCACAUCCAUCAUAUUAUGAGUAAGCAAAGUCAAGACUGAGAAAGCCAAAAACUUUUCUGAUCAUCCAGAGUGUUACAGAAACGCAUGUUACUCACUAAAUUUUCAGGACCCUUUUCUUUUCUUUUGAUGCAGAUCAAAAGAAUUGAUUGAUUUAGGUGUUAAUUAAAAUAUCACAUGAUAAUCUUAGUGAUGUGCAUAGGUUUGUGUCUGCUUUUGCAUGUUAGGAAUCUGGCCUUUAGCAGCAGAUAAGAACAGUAUGCUGUCUUUUUUUGUGUGAUACAUUGGGGAGAUGAUGACAAUGCUAAAGGAAUUCUCUGUAAACAUUCACAUGAGUCUCUGUAAGUACUGAGGAAUCAUCCUCUAAGAUGACUUAGGAAGUUUGGAUAUUGAAAGGCAAUAUGACAGAUCCUAUUUGCAUAAUGGGUACAAACAGUGCUUUCAGCUGCAGGUGGGUGUCACAGUCUGUGAAGAUGAUUUUCUGGUAAUUAACUUGUGAUCAUCCCUGGAAGUUUCUCAUUAAGACACCAAGAUAUUGAUGACUUAGUGUCUGUAUUGAACCUCCUGCCCUCAGUGAUUCAAUUAUUCAUGUAAUUCAGUCUGGUUUUCUAUUAAAAUGUCUUUCUCUGGUCUUCAUGUUGAAAUUAAAUACAGUGAUUAUGAGUCCUAAUAAAAGUGAGAUGGUAUCA